UUUGUCGCUCAUCCCAACUGCCAGCAGCAAUUGCUUACCAUGUGGUAUGAAAACCUCUCAGGCUUACGGCAACAAUCUAUAGCUGUGAAGUUCUUGGCAGUCUUUGGGGUCUCCAUUGGCCUGCCCUUCCUCGCCAUAGCCUACUGGGUUGCUCCCUGCAGCAAGUUGGGACGUACCCUGCGAAGUCCUUUCAUGAAGUUUGUGGCACACGCAGUUUCUUUCACAAUCUUCCUUGGACUGUUAGUAGUGAAUGCUUCAGAUCGGUUCGAAGGAGUAAAAAACCUUCCCAAUGAGACCAUCACGGAUCAUCCAAAACAAAUAUUUAGAGUCAAAACAACUCAGUUCUCGUGGACAGAAUUGCUGAUCAUGAAGUGGGUAUUGGGCAUGAUAUGGUCAGAGUGCAAGGAGAUCUGGGAAGAGGGGCCCCGUGAAUACGUGGUGCAUCUGUGGAACCUGCUGGACUUUGGGAUGCUGUCCAUCUUUGUGGCAUCCUUCACCGCCAGGUUCAUGGCUUUUCUCAAAGCGACUGAAGCACAACAGUACGUAGAUCAGUACGUUCAAGAUGAUGACCUCAAUAAUGUCACCCUUCCCCCUGAAGUUGCUUACUUUACUUAUGCCAGGAACAAGUGGCUUCCCUCGGAUCCUCAGAUCAUUUCAGAAGGACUGUAUGCAAUAGCUGUGGUACUCAGCUUCUCCCGCAUUGCUUACAUUCUUCCAGCCAACGAAAGCUUCGGCCCCCUGCAGAUCUCUUUGGGGAGGACUGUGAAGGAUAUCUUCAAGUUCAUGGUCAUCUUCAUCAUGGUGUUCCUGGCCUUCAUGAUUGGAAUGUUCAACCUUUACUCUUACUACCUUGGUGCGAAAUACAACCCUGCUUUUACAACGGUAGAAGAAAGUUUUAAAACCUUAUUCUGGUCAAUAUUUGGCUUAUCUGAAGUGAUAUCUGUGGUGCUGAAGUAUGACCAUAAAUUCAUUGAGAAUAUUGGAUAUGUACUCUAUGGAGUAUAUAACGUGACUAUGGUGGUGGUGCUGCUUAAUAUGCUAAUAGCCAUGAUCAACAACUCCUAUCAGGAAAUUGAGGAGGAUGCAGAUGUGGAGUGGAAGUUUGCGCGUGCAAAGCUCUGGCUAUCCUACUUUGAUGAAGGAAGGACUUUACCUGCUCCUUUUAAUCUAGUGCCAAGCCCUAAAUCAUUUUAUUAUCUCAUACUGAGAAUAAAAAUGUGCCUCAUAAAACUCUGCAAAUCUAAGGCCAAAAACUGUGAAAAUGAUCUUGAGAUGGGGAUGCUGAAUUCCAAACAACGGAAAGUUCGUUUUCACUCUAGCACUCGAAAUACUGAAAUUUUUUCUGGGAAGAACGCUUAUAACAAGCCCACAAGAUAUCAGAAAAUAAUGAAGCGUCUGAUUAAGCGGUAUGUACUGAAGGCUCAGGUUGACCGAGAAAAUGACGAGGUCAAUGAAGGAGAACUUAAGGAGAUUAAGCAAGAUAUUUCUAGUCUCCGCUAUGAACUGUUAGAGGAAAAGUCACAAGCUACUGGUGAGCUGGCAAAACUAAUACAGCAGCUGAGUGACAAAUUUGGGAAGAACUUAAAUAAGGACAUUUGA